GUGAAUCUUGAAUUUUGAUACAGACGGACAGUUGAAGUUUAGAUAACACAACGUCAUUACGUUGCGGUUUGAAACUCGUAAUAUACGUAAACGUGUGUACAAUGCGAGUAGUCGAGUUCGCCACUGUUGUCAUUAAACCUGUAAACAACAUCUAGCGGUUUUUCGUAGUUUUUAUACAGUUUUUAAUAACUUUCCCGUUUAUACGACCACUAUAUUGAUAUUUUAUUUUUAUUCGAUUCCAAAAUUUUGUAAUUUUGUAUAGUUUUUUUUAGUGUUUAUAGUAAUAGUGAUUGGGUUUUCUUUUUAAGCCGACACACGUGCGUAAGAACGACGACGUCGUGUUGCGACUGUCAUGAAAUUAGCUCAGUGACAAUCGAUUAUUAAUGUCGGCUAUGAAUUCCAUUAAAAGUACCACAAAAAGGUACGCCAGCAGAAAGUUCUACACUUUACCAGACGAUUAUACCAAAGUAACGAAACCGUCACAGAAAUCUGCAGAUCCAGUAAAACUUAUUAAAUAUGUGGAUGAAAAUAUCAUUGGCAAGAGUUCUACAUUCUCUGGACCUUACGGAAGGAGAAAAGGUAAUCUAAUUUGUAUUUGUUUAGUUUAGAACUUGUCUUUACAAGAUAGAACAUAGAUAUUAAUAUUAAGCUCGGACGAUUUAUCUGAUGGUAUAACGAGUCGGAUUUUAACAAUUAACUAAAUAGUAAUGAUUUGGUCGUUUACCUAGUAGGCACCUAUCUAUUAUUUUCAUUACAAUGUGCCCUAAGAGAUCAUUUGAACAAGGAAUUGCAGGAAUCUAUUGAGUUGUUAAAGAAGCCUUAGAAUGAUUAGAUCUAGAUGAACUUAGAUAUGUAAAAUUAAAACUACGAGUAGUUGUGGUACUUGUGUGAUAUUGUGUAUUUCAUAUUUUAGGUAUUUAGUAUUCAUUUAUUUAUUUUAUUUUUGUUUGUUAUAACUUGAGAUUUUUAUAGUAUUUUAGUAUAGGUAAUAUAGUUAUGUGUCAGUAACCAUACUGGAUGAAUACAUUUUCAUUAUUUUCCACACACCUACUUGGCAUUAUUUUUUGCGUUAUAAAAUAAUGUAUAUAAGAUUUUUGUUUUAUCAUUAAGUACCAAUAUUUUGUGUCCAUCAUUAUGUAUAAAAAUAAAUUAAUUUAGUAAUCAAUUCAAAUUUUAUUCUGUUAGUUAAUACUGUAGAUAGUAGAUAGGUACUACUUAGGUAGGGUUUUAGAUAUUCAACUGAUAUUUAAAUCUCAGCUAACUAAAAUAAAAUAAUAAUAAAAAAUAACCCGUAGAUAGUUAGGUAAUGGGUAAACAAAUAUUUUAACUACGUACACUUAGAUACCCAUUACAAAUACAUAAUAUAUACCUGGAGAUUGAAGAUUGAUAAAUACAGAAUUGCUUAGUUAAAUAAUUCAAUAAUUUGUACCACAAUAUUCGAUUUAUUACUUAUAGAUUUGACAUUAGAUGAAUUGAUUAUUUUGUUGCAUUUUUAAUGUUAUUGAAAUUCUUCUUAUACAUUUGAUAAUAGGUAUUGUAUUAAUAUAUAGCGAUAAAAAUAUGUAAAACAACAAUUUGAUCAGAAACUUAAAUUCUUAGUUCUUAUAUGAAAAAGUGAUAAAAUUAAAUUUAAUGUUAUAGCUAUUAGUAUUGUAUUAUAAUACUAUGCUAUGUAUCUACUUGAUAUAUACCAACAUAAAAUAUUAUGUAACUACCUAAUUAUUAAAAAUUAAUUAAUAAUCUAUCAUAUAAAAUUUUCUUUCAAAUAUAGUUAAGUAUAAGAUAAUCAGUUUUAAUAUAACUAUUCCUAUAUAGGUACUUAGUGUUGUUAAGAACAUGUUCCUAAUAGAUUCCUGGCCUGAAAUUGAUUCCGUUUUAGAAAAACAAAUGAAGAAAUUAAUUCCAUUGUUUUUAAAGGAAUAGGAAUGUAAAUGAAUUCCUUAUUUUUAGGAAUGAAAAUGUAAAUAUCGUAAUUCCUUUGUUCUUCUCUGAAAUGUGUUCUAAAACACAUUUGAGGAAACAAAUUCGCUUAAAUUUUGAAUCUAAUAAAUGAGACAAUUCCAACCAAUUUUUUGUGUAUGCACGACUUGUUCCAAAAAAAAUUAAUUAGUGAUAUUUUCAAAUUAAGAAUAUAAAAAAAUUAUUUUAGACUGUACAAGAUAUUUAUAAAGGAAAGUUUGAGUAAGGAACGAAUUUUUUUUUUUUUAAUGAACAAGAAACAGGAAUGAGGUCCUUUUUUGCAAUAGGAAUGAUAAAUGGGAACAAAUUCCUUUUUAAAAAAAACGUUAAAAGGAACACUGUAGGUACCUAUACAAACCUAAACUAGUCGCCAUUUUGGUUGUCAGUAAUAAUAAUUAUUUUUAUAAAUUCUAAUUGUAUAUAACAAGUAAUUUAAUUCUGAUUUAAAAAAUUAAUAGACACGAUACGAGGGCAUCAACCAGAGAAAAACCCCUACUAAGGUAGGUAAGUGGCUUGAUGUUACAUUAUUUUGGGAGUAAAUGAACUGAAUAUUAAGCAAUUAGGUGAGAUUAGAUUUGUUAUAUUAAUAAAUGACUUAACAUACUUGUUUCAAUAGUUGAAUAGUUAAUAAUACAUUCAAUAGGUUUAUUUAAAUGUAACAAAUGUUUAAUAUGAAUGAAAUCUAGUCAUUAGACUAAAAUGAAAUAUUGUAUACGCUAUGUUAUCAUAAAUUUAUAAACAUAUAUGUAUUAGAUAUGUUAUUGGUUACUAAAUACCUAAUUAAUUAUGUGUAUUAUGAUUUGAUUAACCUGAAAAUUAUGAUAACAGCAAUUAACAUUAUUAAAUAUUAAUUACAUUUUGAUAAUCCUUUAGCUAUAAUACCAAUAAUAUAUACUUCAAUAUAAAUAUAUAUUAUAUAAUCCGUAUUGAUGUAAACAAAAUAUUUAUAAACAGUUAUACUCAUUGCUCAAACAAAAAAUAACGUAUUAUUACAUGUUAGGUUAUUUACUGCUCUUGCUUAAUAAGUUAACAGAUAUCCUCUUUUUGUAAAUUAAAAGUUUGAUUAAAGUUUGUUUUCCCACCAAACUGAAAGUAAAUAUUUCCUCUGUUUUGUUUUUAUGUUGUUACUAUUUUAAUGUUUGUUGAAAUUUCCUCGUAAAUAGGGACUAUUUUUCUGUGUUGUGUCUGUUGUACAAUGUAAUAUAUAUUUUUUGCGACUCGCUCUAGAUCAAAUGAGUUAAAACUUUUGGAAUUAGAUUUGUAAAUUAAAUUUUAGUUUAAUUUCACCAUGUUAUUGAGAGAUGGAGAUAAAUUUAUGCUUAAUGUAAGUUUUAAUGAUGGGGUUUUCAAUCAGAGGGUCCAAAUUUCAACCUUACCCUUACUAUUUUUACAGUUAUUUUUUAUGAUCAAAUUUCACGUAGUAUAAUAAUUGUACUUGUAAUUGUAGUAUAGUUGGUAAAGUAUUGUAUUAUUAUAUUAUACAGUUAUUUAUUGUUUUGCAAAGAUUAUUUCUAUAAUACUAAAUAGGUGAGGGAAAAUUUAACCAGUGACAUAGCUCACACUGCUAUUCACGAGUGGUUUUUUUUUUUUGCGUUAAUAAAACAUACUUGAAGUCAGGUUUAUAGUAGUUUAAGUUUUAAGGAAACAUUACUGUAAAGCUUGAUAAGUUAAUAAUAGAGUAGUAUUACAUCUCAUAAACAAUAGUUUAUAAAAUAUUAAUUUUGCGUUGAAUUGAUAAAAACAAAAUUGUAUUUUUCAACAAGAUUUCUUAUUAUAUUUGGCAUAUUUCAUAAUUAGAUACAAAUUAUAAAGUAGACUUAAAAUAAUAUACAUUACCUAUUAAGUUUAAUGUACUAUUUAUAAAAGAUAUCUAAUAAUAAAUUGCAUUUUUACAUUCUAGUUUAUUAUAUUAAAAUAGGUUUCUAAUUAUAGGUAUUAUAAUCAUGAUUUCAGUUUCGUUUUUAGUAUUCAUAUUAUAUUGUUGAUGAAUGUAAUAGAAGUACAAUUUAUCGAUUGCAAUUAUACAAUCAUCUUCCAACUAAUGAUAUUUAAUAGCAUUUUAUAGUUUAUAGGUAGAUUAUAUUACUCUAAAUACUAAAAAUAAAUAAUGUACCUAAUUUGAUUUUUAAUAUAAUAUUAAUUCAAAAUAUAGAAUAUUUAAAUUAUUAUUACUCUAAUACAACAGUAGUAAUGUGUACAUAUUUUAAAAUUAUACUUAGUUAUAUUUAAAUUUAAUGAAAUUAUUUUAUUUAAGAGUUCUUGUAUUUAUUUAACAGUUGUUAGGUACUUAAUAGUUUUUAGGUAGGUAUAAAUUAACUAAUCAUUAUUUUCUAUUUUUAACUUAUGAUUAAAAAUUGUAAUCCUUUGUAGUUCUUUUGCCAGAUUGUUUUAUUUUUGUCAGCAUCGUCUUUGGAUACAAUACAAUAUUAUUAUUUUCAGAGAUAAGUGGGUAUGCCAAGACAGUAGCUUAUAUCAGUCGUUUUAUUAAUGGAGAUGACCAAUUAUAAUAACAACAUUAAAUUAUCAAAUAUUCUCCAUUUUUCUGGAAUAUUAGGCUUGAAGUUAGGAUAAAAUUUGGAUAACUGUUAUUAUAUUCAGAGUCAUGCCUAUCUUAGAAAAAAUAUUUUCUUACAAAAUUUAGUUUUAGAUUAUACGUGUAGUAAAAAGUCGACUAAUUAUACUAAUAAUAUUUUUUUAUUUCUUUUUCCGGAACACUUUCGGCUAGUAAAAAUGCUACAAUUUUUAAUUUUAUUAAUUGUUUUAUAUAACUGUAGAUAAGAUUAUAUAAAAAGAAAAACUUAAUAUUAUUUUUCUCAUGAAUAAAAUUAAAUAAAUUUAAAUAAAUUGUCUACCAUGCAUAUCAAUAUACACAUUUGUACAAUAAUAUAUUCUUAGUCAAUAACUAAAUUUUUUUCUUUUUAAGAUAAAUAAAAUAAAAACAAAAAGGUCUGUUGACAUGAUAUUAAAAUUUCGGCUUGGUAUAUUGUAUACAUUUAUUUUAUUUAUGCCUCAUGGUCAUAUGGGGCAAACUGUUUAAAUGAUUUUCUUGAAUAAUGUAUAUAACUUUUGAUGUCACCGACAGAGUGUAUUAUAAAUUAAAAAAUAAGGUUGAGUUAACCAAAGUUAUUGUUAUUGAAAUUGAAAAAUGAAUACACGAUUAAAAUUAAUCAUGAUUGAUAUAAUAUAUAUUAUAGACAAUUACUUAUUUAUAAUUUAGUACACGUUUUUUUUUAUUACAUUAUGAUUUGCAAUGUGCAUGCAGGUUCAUACAAAUAUUAUACAUGUACACCUCUUUCAUUUAAUAUUCCUUGUGUUCACUAUUUGUUAUUGAUUUUACAUAACUUCAAGUAUAUGAAUAUUAGGUGAUACAACAAUUAGGUUGCUUAUAAAUUAUAAUACAAAUAAAAACUGUCAAGCCAAAUUCCAAAAUCGUGUUAAAAUUAGCAAUUGAUUUCCUGUUAUGAAUUUACAUUGUGCCAAAAAUUGUUUAUUCUUAAUUUUACAAGUACACUAUUAUAUAUAAAUAUUAAACAGAUGUAUGAUGAUGAAUGGAAUAUUAAAAUUUUAUGAUGAAGUAAAUUAAUAAAGAUGAAAUUAGUAGAAGUGAUUUAGAUUAAGAGUGGACUAAGUAAUUGUUAAUAUAGUUAAGUCUGUAAUAUAUAAUGUGCAGGUAUAUUUUGUUUCUAUGUUUAAAGUUUCAAUUUUAAAACAUUUUAAAAAAUACGUAUAAAAUUAUUGGUACAUUUUAAGACACGUUUAUCUAAUAUUAUUCUAUGUUGUUCAAUAUAUUUAUAGUAAUUUAGUAGUAUAAUUUUCUCUUUUAUCACAUUUGUAAAAUGCUGUAAAGUGUAUAUUGUAAAGGAAAUAAAAAUAACAAAUAAAUAAAUGAAACUAAACAAAUACUAAACAAAGCUCAUAACUAGCAUAUGCCUAUAAAUAACUAAAAAUCACCAGAAAGUUUUGAAUAUGUUAACACGUCUAGAAAUUGGUAAUAUAAGAGUUCUAUGCAAAUUUCAGAUUUUCAGAAAUAUUUUUAACCGAACAACAAAAAAAAAAAAAAUUGAAAAUAGGUUAUUAAAAUGUGUUAUUACUGUAAAUGUUCCUAUUUUCCAACAUUUUUUUCCCAGUUUUUACUAUUAUUUAAGCACAUAGUAAAAUAAAUAAAUUUCUCGCUAUGCUCAAAAUCUAAAAUAUGGCUAAACGCUCUAAUUUAUUAUAAAAUUAGUUAUAAUGUUAAUAUAAAGACAUAAUUAUUAUUAAGUCACUAAUUAAGUAUUAUAUUAAGUAAUUUACAAAUUUAAGUACCUAGAUAUAUUGUGACUUUCUUAAAAUAAUAUUUUUUAAUCACAAGCUAGACAUUUUACAUUCAAAUCUUUGUGUGGGUGUUUAUCCAUAAAGAAAAAAUGAUAUUAAUUUGUAUUUAUUAAUGUUAUUCGAAUUUAAUCAUUUAUAAGUUAAAUAUUUAUAUGUAAUAUGUACAUAAUUCGAAUUUCAGACAAUUGAUAAGUGCCAAAUGCCACUUACUGUGGUUAUAGCAACCAAACAUAACUGUAAAUGAAUUUAAACAUAAAAAAAUACAAUAACAUCUUUAUCGAAGAUAUUUUUUUAGGAUAUAAAAAAAACGAUGUUGUUUUCAAACUUUUAGGUUUAUAUUAAAAUUCAAGAGUUGGAUAACCGUAAAAGGUUUUACAUAUUCUAAUACCUUCUCUGCAUACCAGAUGCACAGAGAAUUGUAAAUACAUUUUACAUAAAGUAGGUAGUAUAAAUCAGCAUUAAAUACAUAUAAUUCAAACAAUAAAUUUUUAGAGUAGGUAUGUUUAACAAACUCAGUUAUAAAUAAUAAGCAUUUCUAAUUUAACAUUGUUUUUAAUAUGUUAAAUAAAAUUAAAAACUUAUGAGUUCUUUAACCUCAUUAAAAAAUACGAAGGUAUCUAACAAGACAAAUUCUUUACGUUUACUUCAAAAUAAAUUAUCUGUCUAUUGUGUUAUGAUUUAUAAAUAAAUUACUUCAAGGAUAAAAUGCAAAAACCUUAACACUUUAUUGUUUGUUAAUGUUUGUAAAAUACUAACAAAUAUUCUAUUAUAUUUAAACAUUAAUCAUUUUAAGACUAAUAUAUUGAAGUAUUUUGAUGAUACUAAAUUAUUACAUAUUUCAAAUUUAAUUAUUAUGUAGAGUUUAUUUUAUUUUAAAAUUUUACUUUUAAAUUUCAUCCUUUUGUUUGACCGUCAAUAUGUCAUGUGAUUGUAUAAUACAAAAAUAACCAUGGAGACAUUUUUUUAAAAUUUAAAGGUAAAGGUGAAUGAUAGAUUAAGUAUACUGUUUAUUUGUUGAUCAAGGUCUGUUGAGUAAUUCAUUAUGCAUAAUUGAUAAGUAUUAUGAUAAAAUUAUAGAAUACCUAGUUUAAACUUAGUAAUUAAUUUUGUUUUUACAUGAUUAAAAAUAUUUAUAUUAUAUUUUAAAUAUACCUCUUAUCGUAUUAUCAUCAAAACUAAUUUACUUUAUGUAAAUAAAUAACACAUAUUUGACACACACAACUUUUAUUUUUUUAGCUAAUAGUUUGAAAUAUUAUUAUUGGUAAUAUCAAUUUAUUUUCAAGUUGAAUUUCUCGUUACUUAUUUGAUUAGAAAAUGUAAUAAAUAAAUUAUACUUUAUCUCAAAAAUAAUAAUAAGUACCUACCAGCUACUGACAUAAUAUAUGUUGUGAAUGAUCUUCACCUUAAGACAUUAAGAUAUUCAGAGUGCAAAAUAAAUAAUAUAAUUUAGAUCCAAUGUUCAUCACAAUCGCGUAAAUACGUUUGUUUAUUAGAAACUUGUGAAAUAUAAAAUGGAUUUUAAAUUGAGUUUUGCAGAAAUUUUUGACUGGUUUAUUAAUAAUGAUGAUAAUAGAAAUACGUUUUUGAAUGUACAUAUGUAUUAGCAAUUAGGUUCAAAUUGUAUUAUAGGUAAUUAAUAUAUUAAGUGUUUUAGAUUCUGAGCAGAGUGAAGAAUGUAUUGGUUUACUACAAUGUGAAUUUAUUUUGUUAUUUUGUGUGUGUGUACAACUUUUUUGUAAACAAAUAGGCUUGAAAAUUUAACACAAGGUUCAUUAUUAUUUGUAUUUGGUGGUAAAAAAAAAGUUCAGCAUAAUGUAAUAGGAUUUUAAAAGAAAUUUAAAAUCAAAUUUUUAUGAAAAUCUUAAAAUUACAGCAUUUUAUUCGUUUUUCGUGACUUAUAGUUUGUCAUUGUGUACAGAUAUAAAUUAAAUAAUUAUGUAUCCUUCUUCCUUAGCUUCUCAUCUAAAAUAGUGAUACAUCUAUUCCCAGUAUCAUCUUUUCUUUUUUAAGUUUUUUAAAGCUAUAGUUAUUUAUUAGUUUCAAAAUUAAAAUAUUACUCAGUAAGAGAAAAAUAGUUACCCAUUUUAUUUAAAUUUAUUCAACAUAUAUUGUAAAUCAAUCAAAUUUAUUUGAUAUAAAUUUUGUCAAAAAAAAAAAAUAUGAGUGUUAGCUUAUUGGAACCCAACUAUUUCCAAUAACUUAUGAAUUUAUAUUUAUUUAGAACAUUGUAUUUGAAUAAUUAUCUUAUUUUAUUUCAAAGAUGAUGUAGAUGUAUUUAAUGUGUAGGUUAUUACUUUUUCAAUCCAAGAAAAUAAUAAUGAGUAUUGUGUUCUUAUUCGUUAAUGUUUAAAUUCCCUACCGCCUAAGUAGUAUAAAAUAAUAUGAAUUUGUGAAUUGAAUUAAUUUUGAAAGCCAUGACUAUCUUGAAUAACAUUACACUUUUGUUUAAUAAUUAUAUUUGACACAUUUUUUAAUGGCAAGUAUCUAUUAUAAUUGUAGUAAUAUAAUAAGUACUUCAUAUUAUUAUUAAAUUGUUUACAAACAAUUUUAUUUUUCAGAAAAAAAAAACCAGUAAUACUUACGUGCUGGUGCUGGUAGUAUUAUUUUAAUUUAAAAUCUUCAUUAUUCUUGUUAUUCUUCUAUUUACAAAUAAAUGGUCUACCAAAAAUAUAAUUUCUCAAAAGAUGUUAGUUUUUAAAUAUUUGUAAAACCUAACUAAUAGUUUUACAUUUUAAUUCUCAUCUCUUAAUUUAAAAUGUGCUAAUAAAUAAAAUUUAAAAAUAUGUAUACCUAUCAAUUAAAUUGAGGCAUAUUUUUUUUUUUCAUUGUGUUUACAACUACAAAAAGUAUUACCCAGUACCAAAAGUAAAUAUUUUACAUAAUAAUAAUAACAAAAAUAACAUGCCACAUAAUUAUUGUAAAUAAAUGGCUACUUUGUUUAAAUUGUAAUGUUAUGUUUUAAAUCAAUGCUAUACUAUUUGGUAGACUAGAGAAAUAAAACAAGUUUCUAUUUUUAUAAUUUUUAUAAUUUUAUUAGCAAAACAUAAAGUGACUAAGAAAAAAACCAUGACGGACAGAAUAUUAUUAUGAUUAUAAAAACCAAAAAACUAAAAUAUAUGAAAUACAUGUUAAUAUGAAAACCAGGCUGUCGAUGUAUGGUAGAAAUUGCAUAGUAGGUACUUACCUAAAUAAAGAGAAAAAAAAAUGACUUUUGCAACGUUCGAUAAUCUAAUAUCUUAAGAUGCUGUUUCUAGAUUAUAUAUUUUGUUUAAAUUGCUAUAGCUAUAAAAUGUUAUCCAGGAAAAACUGCGAAGUAUACAUUUAGCCUUGACAUGUAAACGCAGGAACAACGAGUAUUUAUCCUGGGGAAUUGCGCAGUUAUAAACGCCUUGUAUACGAUCGAAAAAACAGGAAUCUUCCGUUCUAAAUCUGCGCUAUUACAUUACAAUAAAUUCAUGCAGGAAUGUUUUUUUUUUUUUUCAUAUACCAGCGUCCGGCAAAACAUUAUAAUGAGUGAAGUAGUUCGCAGAAUCCAUAUUCACAUAAAUUAUUGUGUGCAUAUACGAUUAUCAGUAUUAAUAACAAACAUUUAGAGAACGUCUUUUGUUUUUUUCUUCUUUCUUUUUAUAAGUCAAAUUAAAAUAAUAAUAAAAAGAUCGAUGACCAAUUUUCAAUUUAUUUUUAUUGAUACGCCAUUUAUAUUAAAUUAGAGAUGUCACUUACAGGCAUUAGGCAAUCAAUUUAUACCAAUUUGUGUAACUAUAUGAUUAUAGUUUAGGUUAAAAUAACAUAUAUAAUACUUGUUUAAAGUAUAUUUAUGAAUUACAUUUAGAAUUUUUUCGUUGAUUUGGAAAUUAAUUUAAAUGUUAUUACAGGAACGGUUCUUGGUAUAUUAAAAUAUAAAUUGUAUGUAAAAAUACAAAUUCGUAAUUUCUAUUAUACUUAUGUGAAAAAUAAUACAAUAUAUUAUAUUAUUAUAAUAAAAUCAAUUACAAUCUAUAUAUUAAAAAAAAAAAAUACCUAUUUCUAAAUAAAUACAUCUAAAUUUAUAUUAUUGCCUUAUUUUAUCUUUCAAAGUUACAUAAAUUUAAACAUUAUGUACAUAAAUUUGUAUACAACAAUAUUUAAUAUCAUACUACAUUUUACAGUGCAUCGUUAAACUUGAUACGCAAUACAUACGCAAAAUUACAGUAUAUUUUCCACCAAAAAUAUAUAUAUAAACUAUUAUCUACGGAAAGAAUAUAAUAUUUUCUAAAUAUCUCAAUUUUAUAUGUUUAGUUUCAUAUUUUGUACGUCAUCAAUAAACAAACAAGUAAAAAAAAAUGAUAGUUUUUCAGGAAUUCGAAUUUUUCACCCAACGCUGCGAAUUUUAUUUGAAAAUAAAAAUGUCUUACUUUAUAGGUAUAAAUAAAAUGUCGUGAUUUUAUAUUUAUUCGAUUCCUGUCAUUCAAUUAUUGUUACUAUUAUAUUAUAUUGUUGAAGUAAUAAACAGCAUGUUGAGUAAAUAUUGUCAGUUACUACUGAAUUGUUUGUCUAUUAUUAUUAUAUAUUUUAUGUAUUUCACCCUCAUUCAUACCACGGUGUAAAUAUUACCAUUAUACUUUUUAUAUAAGUGUUUCUUGUUUGAUUAAGGUUUAGCGGCUCAGUUUUAUUGUGGUUCUGUAUUUCUGUAAUUAUAUCUGGUUGGGUACCUGUUUUAUUGGUUAUUAACAUAAUGUAUUUUCCGUCUGAUAUUUUAACUUAAUUAAGACUUGCGACGAGUACACCGAAAUAUCAAGUGAAUACUAUGCAUCUUCACUUGUUACCCAGUUUAUUAAAUUUUCAAGUUUUAUAUUUUUGAGGUUAUUCGCUUAUUUCCGGAGGUAUUUUUACCACCACUGUUAAUGUAUUGUCUAUGUUUGUAGAAGGUAUAAUACCGGGCAGCUCUGGACAUAUUUAUAAAACCACGACGUUAAUAAUUCGAACAAAUCUUACGAAACAGUUAUCGUUAAUUUUUUUGCAAUUAUUUAAUUAACGCGGUUGAAAUGGACUAUAAAUAAUACAUAAUAAUAAAUACUGCUGAAAUAAUCGAUACAUAGAGAUUUUGGUGUAAAUUUAAAACUUUCAUUGACUAUUGAGUUGAAUGAUAUAAAUUAAAUUAUCUUGUUUUCAAGUAAUCUAUAUCUUUAAAUGUAAGCAAUAUAUACUCAUGUGUUUGCCGUUUUGCAACGUAUAAUUUUGAUACUUUUAGUUACUCAAACAAUUAUUUGUACUAUAUGGUACUAUUAAGUAUAUUUAUGUUUAAUUUCAGUAAUAAUUCAAUAAGAAUCAAAACAAAAAAAAUGUUUGAAAUAUUUAGUCAUUUUUACAGACGAUUCGAAAUAGCUAAAUAUAUAUCUGUAAAAUUGAAAAACAAAUUGUAUCCAUUUUAGUUUCUAUCAACAGCAAUAUAAUAAAACAACGGAUAUAUCUAUUUAUUAUUUAUGCUACAUUUUAUUAGUUUCUACAAUCUGGUAUUUUACAAUCCGAAAUUUGUUUUGUGUGCUACAGACAUAUAAAAUUGUUUUAUUUAAAACAGGUGUUUAAUAAAUAUUAUGAUUGUUACGUAGGUCAUCUAUAUUUUAGAUAUUUGACGAGUAAAAUUAAUAUAAAAAUAGUAAAUAAUAUUUUCGAAAAUAUUUUUUAUAAAACUUAUCGAGUUUUUCUGAAAUGAUUUUUCUAAUUAUUAUCCGAUGCGUGCGUAAAUUACAGCGAAGAGACGAAAAAGUAGGUCAAGUUCAAAAGUCAACGAUGAGUUAGAUUAAUUAAAAACAAUAAAAUUAUCAAACGUGUUCGUAUUUUCUUUUUUUCUUUUCAAUAUUGUUAUCGGAAUUUUUCUAUUAAACGCCAACCACUAACAAUUAUUGUUAUUUAUUUAUUUUUUUUCUUAAAUAAGGGGUGAUCAAUCCUCAAUAAAGUACUGAUUAUCUCAAAAAGUAUCACUGUUUUCGGAAUUUGUUUGAUAACGUAAACGUAAUGAUUUUCAUCACUGGGCAAAACCAUUUUCCGUUUUUAUUUUCAAAUAGUAACCUUUAUUAAAAGUUCAAUAAAAAUGUAUCAUUUUAGUUAAAAUACAUUUUGGUGUUCACAUUUUUAAUUUCCGUUAGCCUGUUAUUCCACUUGUAUGUUCGAGUAGAGAAUAUAGUGGAUCAUUCCCUUUAGCAAGGGAGACAAAAAAUAACGUAAUAAUAUAACAUUUUAAAGCUGAUUAUCUUUAAACUGUUUAAAAACACAAAUUCGGAAAAAAGUAAAUACUUUCCUAGAUAAUAAAUGUCUAGUCGAGAAUUGAUUACAUCGUAUACUUACUAUUGCAUCAAUGUUUUAUGUGCUUUUAAUUUUUUAUCAUUCAAAACGUCGACAGCAAUAAUAAUACAUAUUAAAUGAAUUGAUAGAGAUAGUUAACUGGAGAACUUUAUCGAUAAACAUAAUAUAUUUUUAUCAUUUUAAUAUUAAAUAUUUUGAACGGUAUUAAUGUUUUGUACACAUUUGUUUUUAUUUGUCUAGUUGUUUACUGCGAUUACGCGGCUUCUGGGAAGUCACUGCAGUUUAUCGAAGACUACAUUCUUAAAGAAGUGCUGCCCGUCUACGGUAACACACACACGACAACUAACGUCACUUCACUGCAGUCUACCCUAUACAGGUACCUACUAUACCUACUGAUAUAUUAUAUAGUUAGUAGUUAUAGGAGUAAAAAAGAAAGGAGUUGAAAGACUUUUUUAUAUUGAGCAAUUUUCAAAACACUUCCCUGAGCAGAAACGUAAAUUAAAAUUAUAGUAAUCAUAGGCAUUUAUUGGGAAUCACAAUUAAUAUUUUUGUAUUUGGUAUUGUGAUAAUAGUAGCCGAAAAACCUACGUCACACGCAACGUAUCACAAAGUUGCUGACAUACCAAUUUAAUUUAUCAUGCAUAUAGGUACAUACUUUGGCGAGUAAAUCGUGAUAUUUAUAUGCUGCCGGGUUGCAUAAACGAUCGAUAAAAAAAACUCGAUAAGGUGUGCUAUCGGGUCGAUAAACUAUUAUAUAAAUAUGUUUAUUGGUUCUAUAUAGUACAGUAUUGUAGCAUAAAAUAUUGAACAUAAAUAUAAUUAUUUUGAUAACUCACCCUUUUUUUUUUUCCUGAUUAACCGAGAGCAGUGGGAGAUCAGUUUUUCACAUUGCUACCCCACCACUGCCAUUUAUUAAUAAGUAUAAUUAAGUAAUGCUCCUGUCUUCCUCUUCGCAGAGCAGGCUCACAUAACGAACUAUACUAAUUAAAACUAAGGUGGAGCGGUAGGAUCGCGUCACCUCCUGAGAUUAUGUUAGCUUAACCUAACCUGUACAUGACCUUGAGCCGGUAGCUGGGUCCUAUUGUGUGGUGACUUUGGUGCCCUGGACUGGUGAGACGGCUGCUCCUAUGGCAGCUGGUCAACCCUAGCCACGACCACCCUUGUUCUUUCUUCAUGCUCCUUGUGGUUCAGUAUGUCCUCUACCAUGCAGUAGAAAUACUGUGAGCUGCGAAAGGAGGAUGUCUCGAUCUGAUCGUGUAAAGCCCAGUCAGAAUCCCGGGAUUCUGGGAUCUUCUGGGCCGCAGGUUUUGAACGUCACUGGGAGCUAUGUUUCUUCCGCCAACAUACGCUCUGAUGUAUUUUAGAUAUGGUUCCCAGUGAGGGCAUGCGAAGAGCGUUUGCUCAACGGUGUCUUCAGGGUGUCGGCAGUAGUGGUACUCCGCGUCUGUGGCUCGUCCUAUCCGACAAAGGUAGUGAUUGAUAACUUACCCUGGUCGUGGUAGUGUGCUAUAUUCAUUAAAUGAUAAAUCGAUCGUUAUUUGAUAUGAUUCUUUUUUUUUAAUGAAAAAAUACAACCGUGAUCUUAGAUUAUAUACACUAGAUAAGCCACGGACUAUAGAUUACAUAUGAAGGAUAUAGGAAAAAACCAAAACGGGCAUUUUUUAGAUUCCGAGCGUAGCAAGGGAUCUAUUGGUAUUACUAAGAUAAUUUUUUUUUCUUUUUCUAGUCUGUGGACACGUUUUUUCCUAGUAAAUUCGACGCCAUUUUUUAAAUAAAAGCACUUAAGUGGGAAAAAACGUAGGAAAACGUACAAUUUCACGAUUUCCUUAUUUUAUAAAAACACGGACGACGUUUUCUAUCAGAAAAAAUGAUUUAAUCGAAAAAUCACAAGAUAGCAUUUUUGUUGUCUUUUGAUUUACUUUCUCACGGUAUCAUCGCCAAAAGUUUUGAGCCACUUUUGAGCUUUUAAGGAAUUUUAAUUUUUGGGAGUUUUUUUGCUGUAAUUCGGUUAUAAAUACACGUAGAGACUUGAAACGCAAUAAUAUUUAUAUUGAACUUACCUAGACGUGGUAAAAUUUUCAAAAUCAUCAAAUGAUUUUUAAUUAUUUUAUUACUUGCAUGGCUUAAAUAUUUAAACCAUGAUUACUUGUAAAUUGUAAAAAAAGUCUUAUACUUUUGACAUUCCCUUCCUUGGUUUGUAUUUCUGCGGGUGCCCUUGUCUCCAUCCAUUGUAUAUGGUCUAAGAUUUAGAUACAUUGUAAAAAACUACAAAAUAAUAAAUUACAAAAUUGAGAGAAUAUAUAACCACAGGAUAAAUUAAUAGACAAUAAUCGACAAGUAGGCAAGUAAGUGCGGCGGGCAUAAAUAUGAAAGCGUAUUAACAGUUUAAUAAAGUUAUGAGACUGUUUUUAUUACUUAUCGAACCAAAAUCGGGUUUUCAACUAAUCGAUACGAUAAGUGAUUAUUUAUCGAAUCGAUAAAAAAUAAUGUCAUUAUUAUAAUAAAUGUCAUUUUUACAACAGCCAAACAUUUUAUCAAACCGAUUACGGUGUUAUCAGUUCGAUUACUAGUAUAUAUACCUCGGCAUUAUGCUUCUGACACAUCUGAUAUCUGUUAUUUGGCAUUAUAGUCAAAAGGUUAUUAGGAUUUGAACGAAGACAGUAAACAAAUUAUACGGUAUAAAUAUUGUUUUAAUCAAAUAUAUCAAUUGAUCGAAUUUUCCUAAUAUUUAUAUAUUUAUAUACAUAUAUAUAUGCAUGUUAUUCCGAAUUUCGUUUUAACUUUUCGCGUAAUUAUAUUUGUAUUUUUAAAGAGGGCCGUGUAAUAUGUAAAGAGACAAGUAAUUUUCCUUUAAUUACAUGUAUCGAUCUCCGUAUGGACAUCAAAAAAUAAAUUUGAUUUGGCCUGACAGAAAUUCGAAGUUGGCCCGGCUUGAACCGAAUUUGUCAUUUUUUUUUAAAUAUUAUCAACAACGCAUUCCUCAUAACUUCUGAUUCUUGAUGUCUUAAUAGACUCAUAUAACAAAAUCCAUUUUUUCAAAAAUGGACGUAUUAUAUUUGGCUUUUGAGCCAUUGAAUCACAAAUUCCUGUCAACAGGAAUAUAUAAUAUAUUUAGGGUGGGCUUCCCUUAUCCUUGACCUACAUUUCAACUAUAAUAAUAUCAAACUGCACAUAUUAUGCAUCGACUGUCCGUCUAUCCAUCAUUUGUCACUAGUUUUUUUAUUAUUUUUUUUAAUACACUUAAAAUAUUAUAUUUCAACUGUUUUAUUUUACCACCGCGGUAUUCUUCAAUCUCAUUUCUUGAUUGUGUGCGUUUUUUUAAAUGUAUUAACUGUAUAUAUUGUCACAAAUUACUGUACAGCAAAAAUACGCUCGCGGCCCUUUCAACAGGUCUCCGUAUCCUCGUGCUUUCCAAAACACGAUUCGUAUUUCUUAUAAUCAAGAUUCGGAUUUUAUAGUAAUAAAAAUAACUGAAGUAUGCGCCAUAAUAUGACAUAACAAAUCUUUAAGACAGUGAAUUUAAUUUUUGAAAAUAAAGAGCAAAAAAAAGAGUGGAAAUGUUUUUUCCAACAAUUUAUCAUAAUUGUUAUUAGAGCCCAGAAUUAUAUGCAUUUUUACGUUCGUACACAAUUUAUGCAUGUCGAUGGAAGUUUAAAAUGUCUAAGAUUUAUAUCGCACCGAAUUUAAUUAUCAAAUUUGACUUUGCAUAUUUUGUAUAUUCGGAGGAUUAUUGCAUAUUAUUUCAUACUUCCAUAUAAUAUGCAUAUCAUAUGUAUUUAUUAUUGAUAAAUUAAUUUUAUUGUAGAAAAAAAAGUUGUUAACAUUGUUUCUCAGAGGAAUUUUGUUAAAAUAUUGUUAUAUUUGCCACAGUAUAUGAAAUCUUAGCUCUAACCUAUUGCUCACAAUCACGUAUGUCUUGGUGUCAUCAUUUUAUGUAUUAAUUUGUCAUUCUUGUCGUGUGCGAUGUGUCGUUAUAUUUUAAAAUCUUGUGUGGUAACAAACAUGUGAUUUUAGUUUUAUUAUUUUGAAAGUUUAUUGUUAGGUUUUCAAGUAUAUUAUUUCAAAUAAUAUAAUAUAUCAAUAUAUAAUAAAUUAUUACUAAGUUUAUUACUAUUCUUGGUUUAAAAGUAUAAUUGCAUAUUUAUCCACUUUUUAUACAUAUUUGCUUCAUAUUUAACAAUUUUUAAAUGCAUUUAAUUCCGGGCUCUAAUUAUUAUGAUAUUUUAUACUAUAAUAUAUAGCUCGAUUUCUAAACAUGUAUACUUGAAAUUUCAGAAUAAAUAAAAGUACAAAUAUACGUUUUAACCCACACUUUCGGCAACUGGGUCCUCAUUUGAAUUUUAAAUUUAUUCUGAAUUUAUAUUAUAUUUUACUUAUAUUUUUUUUUCCAAUACCUAAUUUACAAUAAUAAACUAAUCGAUAAAAUUAUUUUAAAAAAAUGUGUUAUUUUUAUACUGGACAGUAUGUAUGCAGAACUAAAAUACCUACUCGAUAUUUCUUUGCUAUUUUUAAUUAAACGUAUAGUGCACAUUGCACACAAUCAAACGGAUAUACAUCUGUUACAGUCAGCUGUGUUCGCCUGGUUGACUAACAUACCUAUCUCAUAUUAUGCUUUGACAAACAGCCGUGUAAUAAAUUACAAUAAUACAACUGCAUGCUAUAGGUAUCUAACCUAUAGGGCUUAUUUAAUUAUUCAAUAUGUCUGCAAAACAGUAUUAUUAAUAUAUUAUAAUUGAUUAGAAAUAAUUCUACUUAUCUCUUAUCGUAACUUAAUUUUAAAGUUACUCUUCUACAUACCAUUUUAAAUGUUCUAUUUUUAAUUCCUUUAUGUUUUAAAUAUUAUAUACAAUUUGGGCUCAUCUUUUUUAGCAACAUUUUUUUUUUUCAUUGCACAAUGUGUAUUAUAUUAUUUAUAGUUAUGUAACUAUUAUGCUAUUAUAAAAUGUUGGUAAAAGUACUUCACCCCUUAUAAUAUAUCAAAUCAUAGAAUAAUAUGCACAAUGAGUAUAAAUAGUAACAAGUUUUACAAAAAUUGCAUUUUCUCAGAGUUUUUUCCCGCGUUUCAAUUUUGAGCCCUUUUCUCUACCCAGACAUAUUUCAAAUGUAUUUAACAUAUCUAUGCAUUGCAUAUUUCGAAAUUCACUAGGUUUUUAGAUAUUAUAUUAUUUCACUGGUAUAUGUAUAUAAUGUCUUCUCUGUAGACACGAAGCCCGUGAUAUCGUCCGAAACGCGGUCCACGCCUCGGAAGAUGACGCUGUUAUAUUCACCGGAAGCGGUUGUACUGGUGCCAUACACAAAUUGAUACAUGCGAUGGACUUCGCUUCGAGUGACAUCAAACCGAUCGUAUUGAUUGGUCCCUAUGAACACCAUUCCAAUUUGUUGCCGUGGAGAGAAAUAGGCGCCACAGUAAAUAUAAUAUUUUAAUAAUACAUAUAAUAUAAGUAAUAAUUAAAGCAAACAAUUUGAUGCGUCAUAAAGCCCUAAUAAUUUCUUAAAAUAAAUAUGUUUGUAUAUAAAAUAAACAUUCAAAAUAAUGCACUUUUAAAAUGUACUAUAGAAAAUUUAAAAAAAUGACUUCAAAAGUCAAAAAUUAUCAUAAAAUAUAAAAUACAAUUUCUUAUUUUUAUUCAAAAAUACAUAUAACGAAUUUGUAACAAAACAAACAUCACGCAGUUAUCUUUGGAAAAUGAAAAAAAUGCAAAGUGCAUUGAAAUACCAGCCCUAUGCAAAAAAAAAAAAUAGUGAUAGUAGUAAAAAAGUAAAAUAUUAAUAUAAUAUUACAGUGGAUCGGAUCGAGUUCUACUUUGUAUAAUAUAAUAUUUAUAUAUAGUUUGAAAUUUUGCGUACUUAUAGUAUUCGAUAUUGUACAUAUAUAUAUAUAUUAUUAUAAUUAUUAGUGGUCAGCCGAUAUAACUUUUUGCCAAUAUUAAACAGCUAACUUAUACAAUAUUUUAAAUUUAAAACCAUGAAUUAAUGAAUUGAAAUUAAUCCAGUGAAACUCCCGAUCUUUGUAACGAUAUUUUUUUCCUAUUCCAGAGACAUUGUAGACAUUUUUCUCCUAAAAUAUCGGUUUUAAAUAACUCGAUAUCGUCAGCUAUCCAGCAAAAAAAAAAACCGUACGUCUUUUUUUUGGGUAUAAACAACUAACCAAUCACAAAUCAUGCUCCAAUCAAAAACUUCAUAGGAAAUUUUCUUGUAACAUUGGUGAAUUAGGAAGAUCGUUGAAGUUUUUUUAAUAACAAUUUGGUAAAAUUUGUUAAAUUCGAUUUACGACUAUUGUGUCGAUAGGUAGCCGAGGAUAUCUUCAAUAUCGGCUUAUACCGAUCCUCAUUGCAACUAAUAUUAGUAGUAGGUUUACGUCAAGACGACUUCUCUUCGGAAAUUCGUAUCCGAAUUGCGAUUUGUUUCAAAAGAGUUAAAGGAAAAAAAAAUAUUUACCUAAUAAUAAUGUUAUUUUGAAUAUUAUAUUAUCGUUAUCAUUUCGAGUACCGUUUGCGGAUGUUUACAGGAAACUAACGCGCGCCAUUACUCUAUAUUGAUUUUAUAAUAUAAACUCUAAUUCGCUGCAGUAAAACGCUGUCAACGGAAACUUGAAAACCGUAGAACGCCAUUACCUCAUGCAUGAAAACAAAUUGUUUGGUAGUUAUUGGCAUUACUAAUGUUAUAAACAAAUGCGUUUCGGAUGUUCUAGUAUGGCAUGCUGUUGUCGCAAACGAAUAUUUUCAUAUUCAGUAUAAACGAUUUAUAUUCGGAACCUCGGGUACAAUUUUCUACGUGAGAAUAAAUCGACCAAAUUCCAAAUUAAAUUGACCUUUGAAUUGGAAAUUCGAGGAUUUCAAAGGUAAAAUCGUAUUCGCGACAGGGCUACUCAAACUGUCAAAAUAUUGGCGGAAAAUUAUUAUAAUUAUAUCCGUUUCCCCAUUGUUAUCUAGUUUUUGUUUUGUGUUUUCGUCGAAUUUUCCCCGAAAAUAAAAACGUUCCUUUUCACGUUACUUUUGCACACUUUUAGGGGGAUUCCUCUGGAGCUACUCAUGAGCUUAAACUCGGGAAUAACAGUUAUUUUAUAGGCGGAUUAACGUGAUCAAAAUUGGGUUACAUUUUACCGUGUUAUUACGGCCGGACAGUGUUUUGUUAGUUUUAAACACCCCUGCAGAUUCCAUAACUGAAGCCAAGAGGCCAAGAGAAGGUGUUAGUAUCUAGGAUGUACUUUUUCUAUAUAAUAUAAAAUAUAGGCGGGGUAAAAUUCGACUCUUCUAUUCGUGCACAGGUGGGGAAGUUAGGAGUAAUGUCCCCAUUGGUUUAAAAUACAAAAAAUAUGAGUAAUCUAAUUUCGAAAUGCAGCCAAGUUACGAGGAAAAACUUGAAGUAUUAUUAGAAAUUGGUUUUUUUUUUUUUUUAUAAUCUGUUUUUUAAAUUUUCAAUUCUCAAAAUUGAGUUAGAUAGAGAAGACGAAUUUGCAAUUUAUUCGCGAUACUUAUUUGAUAAAUCCCCUCCCAUUGUUAAUUCUUGGACACGCCACUGUCUCUAGUGACGGGUUUCCACUGCUUGCACUAUUCAUUUUUUUUUUCUACUCAUAAACAAUCAAAGAACGAAUAGUACGAACAAAUAUAAACGGACGAUAUAAACAAGUCGCGUUGUCGUCCCCGGAGGUGUUAUCGUACUACUCGUUCUGUGGUCACCGAGUUAGGUGUGUUUGUGUUGCAGUGUGUUGAUAAUUUAUUGUAAUAAAUUUAAUAGCCCUUAUUGCGUCACGUAUAGUCGGUGUAUUAUUAUUAUUAUUAUUAUUAUACGACACGAUAUCCGCGACGGGACUCGACCUCCGGUACCAAAUGGUAAUGAAAUAUUAUUGCGACCUUGGCCAAGAAUAAUUUUUUCGUCGUCUUAGCGGCGGCGGCGGCCGGACGUUUCAAAAACAACACGUUUUCUGACGUGUAUACGCUAUAAUAAUAAUAUAAUAUAAUAUAUUUUAUAUAUAAUAUUAUAUUAUAAUAUUAUACGCUGUCGUCUUAACGCCUCUCUCCAGCCGUCGUAAAACACUAUAUAGUACUGCUGCUGCGGCGGUUAUUGACUUGGCGCCGUAUCAAAAUGGCGUAUAAAAUCUAAAUGUAUCUGCAUAAUAUUGUUGUCGCGUAUAGUAUUAUGUUGUUUGAUUGUUGGCCAAAACGUACGUGUGUGUAGGUACACCGUUGUAUUAUUACCGCGCGGUCGAACUGAAUUGAAGAUUCGAGUUUACCAGACUCUAUUCCGACGGUGGGUUUUUUUUUUUUGUCGCGUGGACACAGACGUUAUUUUUUUCCGUAAUACAUUAUCUAGGUAAACGAGAACAGCAGCCGGCAUGUAUGGCCAUAACAGCAGAUCAAUUUUAAUAAGAAAGUAAACCAUUUCGAAUGCCUUUACACGAUAAUAACUGAAAAAACCACCGAUAUAGCAAGAGAACAUAACCGCAAUAAUUCAGGCGAGAAAUAAGUGUUAUAGGGAAAAAAACGGAAUGAGAAUAAUGAAUAGUAUGACCGGAUAACAGAGAACUGGAGACGAAGAAAUAACAGAACGCUAGAAAUAUCGUAUGACGAAAAGAAAAUUGUAGAAACGCAGUAAAAAAAGGUAGACUGCGAUACUGAACAGGAUAUUCGUUGAAGAAGUCGAGACCGCUUCUAUGGGAAGUGCAGAGGAGGAGAACCCGAGAGAGAAAAAACCGAUGGGAAGACGUGGUUGAAAACGAUGUGAACCGAACUGGAAGAUUUUGGCAAUGGUUAGAGAUGAUUGGAGAAUUGGUUAUGAGGCGUGAUGGUCCGAAAAAUAAACCAUAAAAUAUCAGAGAAUUCGCUAGUAUUAUUAUUAUAAAUUUGCUUUGUAUAUUUGUGUGAGUCUUGUAAUAUUUUAUUAUAGCAUUAGCAUUAACAUAAUAUUAUUAUGGAAAUCCGUUUUCUACACGUUUUCAGGUCGUCCGCAUAGCGGAAACCAAAGAGGGUUUUAUCGAUCUCGUGGAUCUUGAGAACAAACUUCAGUUGUACCAGACGGUCAGUCCGGGUGCACAAUUGGUGGGGUGUUUUUCCGCCGCCUCCAAUAUCACCGGAAUACUCGCCGACGACAUUGCCACCACGUUGAUUCUACACCAAUACGGCGCGUUGGCGUUCUGGGAUUACGCAUCCGCAGGUGAAUAUAACGAAAUUAUAUUGCACGAUCGUGUUUUUUUCUUUUUACAUUUUAUGCGUGGGUCGUUUUAAAAAACGGAAUCUGAAAUGUCAAAUGGUUUUUUUUUUAUUUAAUCUAAUUAUAGUUUCAAUUUCCACAAAUCAAAUAGUAGGUACUAGUUCCCUCUGCCCCUUCCUCCAGAUUCUAAUUGAACGGUAAAAUGAUUUUCUAUUUCCUCAGUUGUUUAACUCGUUUUCACUGGGUUUGUGGUAAUGUUUUUUGCAACCGAUUGAAAUAAUUUAUUUAAAAAAAAAAAAGUUUACGAGUUUUGAACGAAAUCUCGCAUUAUAGAUAAAAAUCAAGGUUAUAUUUUACACCAUAUUAAAUAAAUGUGUGUUUCAAUGUUUGAAAUGUUUGCUGUUUUUAAGGAAACACGUGCAAACUAUUACGAGUUGAUACAAUAUUAUUAUAUUUGUCGAGAAUGUCUAACAACUAAUAAUAAUUUGUGAUAAAUGAUUAACGCUUAUGGUGCUUACUUUUGUUUAUGUGUUGAUAAGAAAUAUUUGUUCAGUUGUUAGUAUAAACAGUACCUAUAUAUUGUUUGUAAAUGGAUAAUUUUAUAACCAAUACUUGCGUAUCAUAAUUGUUCAAACACACCCAACAUGGCUAAAGUAGCAGUAUUUUACUAUACUUAACAUUACGAGCGAACCUUUUUAACCACGGAUUUUUUUAUUUUUUUUUACAGCUCCUUAUGUGGUAUUGGAUAUGAACCCUCUAUUCCCUGCCAAUGACCAAGCCGUCUAUAAAGAUGCCAUAUUUUUUUCCGGGCAUAAAUUUGUAGGCGGCAUACAAACCCCAGGUUUGAAAAUCCUUUGAAUAUGUAUAUUCUUAUGGAAGUUUAAUAACAAAAUGUGUGGGCUGUGCACACAGGUGUUUUGGUGGCUAAAAAAAAAUUAUUCAAAAACAGAAUACCGAAUGGUAGUGGUGGCGGAGCGGUAUUUUUCGUUUCCAGAACAGAUCAUAGAUAUUUAAAAGUGAGUCUUUGUUAAUAUUUUUUUUGCCCGUUUUUUAAAACUUUUUUCCAGUAUUAGAACCUAUAUGGGGGCAUAUAUACUAUUUGUGAGUACUUUUGUAAAAUUAACAAGUUCAAUUAUAUAUACAUAUAUAAAAAUAUAUAUAGAUCUAGUUACUUUGCAUUAGGUUACAUUAGGUUAUGUUCUAUAGGAUACGGAAUUACGAGAAGAAGGAGGCACUGGGGCAAUUGUGGAAUCCGUGCGUAUGGGUUUAGCAUUACAACUUAAACAAAAUAUCGGUGUACCAUUCAUUAUGAGCAGAGAAGAAAAAAUAACCAAGUAAUUAAAAUGAAUGAGAUGAUUGAUAUUUAACUAAAUAGUUAUGCUGCUAUUAUUUGUGGUGUAAAAUACCCAAAGUUGAUGCUAUAAUUGUUUUUUUUGUUUUAAUUUGUAAUAAUAAUAUUUUAAAAUUUAAGUAUAAAUUCUUAUUUAAACACAUACUGCAAUGGUGUGUUGUCAUGUGUAAAAUAUUGUCACAAACAGUUAACAAUAAAAAUCAUUUAAAAAAGCUGUUGUGCAUAAAGUAUACAUAUGUAGACAAUAAUGAAUAGAGUAAUGUCAAACUGUCAACCAAACUAUAAAAGUCCCCAUUAAUUUUUAUUUGACAGUUUUUUUACACAGUUUUCAAAGAAAAACUACAUUAUAUCAAUGUAAUGUUUUAAUUACAAGAUUUACCAAUGCUAUUAAAGAUAAUAUUUCAACAAGACUAUAAUGACAUGCAAAUAAUAAAAAUAAAAAAUAGUAAACAAUUAACUAUAUAAUUAAACUAUUUUCUUAACUUAUUUAUUUUAUUGAAAAGAAGUUAAACAAUUUAAGUGUUUGGUGCCUAAAUAAUAUUAAAACUACGGAGUAAAUAUUUAUAUAUCAUUAUGUUAUGAUAGCCUUUAUUAUAAUGAACUACAGUCAUAAUAUGUAUUUACAAAAAAGAAUAUGUAUUAUUAUUGUUAUUGUUACUAUUACAAAGUUUAUUUUAUAUAUGGCCUUAACCUAGUCGAUACAAAAAUAAUAAUUUAUUAAAUACUAAAAGCUAAUGUCAUAGACUAUUAUAAAUUCAAUAUGUGGUAUUUAUUUAUAUAUUAACAAAGAAUAUAUUUUUAUGAAUAGGUUAAAAACAAUAACAAUAAUAAUAUAAACAUUCAAAAUCGAUUAUAAAACACUUUAAAUUUUUUAAUGUUUUGUAAUACUUCUUUAUAUUUCUGUAUGGUUGGGAUAACCAUAAUCUUAAUAAUAUCUUCUACUUCCAGCUUUUUAGAGGCCACUGUGAAAAUGGCAAAAUAAUCUUACUUCUAUUUCUCUCUAUUCUGAGCUUUUUAACUUUUUUCUUUUAUCAUUCAAUCUCUGUUUUGGUCUUCAUAUCAAGCUUUUCCCUUGUGUGAUCUGUUAUUCACAUACAUCUAUAAUUUUAUUUUCAUUGCAGAAUGGUGUUAUCGUUUCUGCAAGCAAUGCCAGAAAUAAUUGUACUAGGCAAUUGCUUGCAGACCAUCAAGCGGCUGCCCGUGUUCUCACUACUCAUUCGGCACCCUCGUGGUGCGUUCUUGCAUCACAAUUUUGUGUGCGCAAUUCUCAACGAUGUGUUUGGUGUACAGGCCCGUGGUGGUUGUGCAUGCGCUGGCCCAUAUGCCCAAGACCUUUUAGGUAUAGAUGAUACACUAGCUGCCGAAUACGAGAACAUGCUCCUUGAAGAUGAUCGUCUGGAUCGACACCAUCUUCGCCGGCAAGAAGAACAUUCACCAUUCGAAAUGCUCAGGCCCGGUUUCGCCCGUGUUUCCCUGCCAUUUUUCAUGUCUGACAACGAAGUGUCGUUUGUGCUGGAAGCCCUGAAAAUGGUGGCUACUGAAGGCUGGAAACUUUUACCGCAGUACACGUUAAAUCCAGAGACAGGAGAAUGGAAACACCAUACUAACAAUGUUUUCCGUGACCGCAAGUGGUUGGGUUCCAUCCGGUACACCGAUGGUAAAAUGACUAUGCCUGAACGCAAGAUUUCUGUACAAAACACAUGCCCAGCUGAUUAUGCUGAAUGUCUGAAAACAGCAAGAAACACUUUCAAUAAAGCUAGAAAGGUAAUACAACACCAGUAAUUGUGUAUCCAGUUUCAUUUUUUAAUUUUUAAAAUAAAACAAUAACAAUAUUGUGUUUGUUUUUCCAGAUGGCCAAAAAAUUUCCUUUGCCUGACCAGAGGUGUAUGUUUACGGAGAAGGCUGAAAAGUUGCGUUGGUUCAUGUUGCCUAGUGAAGCCCAAGACUUACUAUUGGGACAUGCAUCAAUAUGCAUUAAACAGCAUGUUCCAUUCUCGCCAACUAUCUAUCACGGUUCACCUCAAACUUCUGAAUCGUCUGGUGUUUCUACACCAAAUUCAUCUUUAGCAAGAUACAACAGUCUUUCAGCUUUGGACAAUAGGUAUUAUUGAAUUUAUGAUUUUCUAAAGCUUCUUUAUGAAUUAGUUUUAACAUCAUACUAAAUUUUUGUUUUGUUUUUUUUUUUUUUUUCAAUUUUAAACUGAUUGAUUAACUUCAUGUAGAACCAAACUAGUAUACUAUGAAACUAUGUUAUUUAUUUUUCAGUUUGUCUGCUCGUAUGAGAUCUUCAAGUGGUAGUUCAGAAAUGUUGAUACCUAACAAACACUUGAGUCCGGUUGGACUUGUUUCUCAAAAUUUCUCAAGGGAAAGAUGCUACAGCUUAGGUUCAAAUCCAACAAACGCAAAUCAAUUUAGAAAGUUACGUGAUCGACAAUGUUCUUGUAGUAGCCAAACUGAAUUAAGUGAUUGUGAAUCACGUGCGUCUCAUGACGAGAGUAUACAGGCUUAUGUAGAAGAGUUGACCAAGGAGUUUGUUACAGAAAUAAAAUCUGAACUUCGUGGAGUUAUAGAAACAGUUGACAAUGCAUUGUCAGAGAGCUCUGAAAGUUUAAACAUUAUAGAUAAACGUAAUAGCAUUUCCAAAAAUCUACACAAAGUCAUGCCCAGAAACAAUUCUGUCCCGGUUAUAACUACUACGCCAUGCCAAAAUGGCAUUGAAGAACAAGUAAUUAAUCGAUUAUCUGAGUUUGCUUCGGAGAUGAAAACUGAAAUACAUGAUAUGGUAAGCUCUGUGUUAGCUUCUUCUUGUUCAUUGUCGGAUGAAAACACUGACACCAUAAUGGAAAAGGAAUCAGACUCUGAGAGUGACAAAGAAAAUAGUUUAAAACAUCCAAAUCUUAGCUCAACUGAUAGCGGUAUUAACAUAAAAACAGAACCAGUUGAAUGUAAUUUGAAAAAAAAUAAACCUGAAAGCAUUGUGAAAGUUAAAGGUGAAAAAACAGUUGAUUUUGCUGUAGCAAGAUGGUAUUGUCCUCCAAAGCCUAUUUGGAAACCAACACUUGAAGUAAAUAUUGACAAUUAAAUUGUUUUUUAAGCUUAUAGUAAUGUUAAUAUAUUUUCAAAAUAAUAAACUAUCGUUUAAAAACAAUAUUUCAAUAAAACUGCUUGAUUUGUAAAUUUAAGGCUCUUCGAGAGUUCAAUAUGAUUCAAGACGGGGAUAGAAUUAUGGUUUGUUUAUCGGGUGGGAAAGAUUCUUUGUCAUUACUGCAUACACUUCAUCAGUAUCAAUAUUAUGCUUCGUCAAAAGGUAUACAUUUUACAUUAGGAGCUGCAACAGUUGAUCCUGGCAGUGCAGCUUAUGACCCUAAACCUCUUAUACCAUACUUGGAAGCACUAGGUGUUCACUAUUUAUUUGAAGAACAAAGUAAGUUAUAUCACAAUAUUACUUGAACUGUAUAUUUUAAAAAUAAUUAUAUAUGUAUUUGAUCAUUUAAAGAAAUUCUUGAACAAGCUGCAUCUGCUGAAUGCACUUCCAUUUGCAGUUUUUGUAGUCGCAUGAAAAGGGGACGUUUAUAUGCUGCUGCACGAGCAAAUGGCUACAAUGUACUUGCUCUUGGACAACAUUUGGAUGACCUUGCUGAGAGUUUUUUAAUGUCAACAUUUCAUAAUGGUCGAUUAAGAUCAAUGAAAGCUCAUUACGCCGUAAAAGAACGUGAUUUGCGUGUGAUCAGACCAUUUGUAUAUGUCAGAGAAAAAAUGUUACGUCAGUUUGCUGAGACUAAGAAGCUACCUGUCAUAGCAGAAAACUGUCCUGCCUGUUUUGAAGCACCCAAGGUAGCACUGGUAUUAUUUAACUAAAUUUUGAUGUUAUUUUUUUUAUGUAUAUCAGAAACAUAUUAUAAUGUCUUCUCCAAUUACAAAAUUUGCUGUCUAUUUCAAAAAAAAAUUUGGCGUAUAUAACCUCAAAAAGUAAAUAAGGAUAAAUUAUUGAAUGUAAAAAUAUACUUUAAUAUAUUAUAAUUAAUUGUAUCAUUCAACUAUUAAAGAUCUUAAUUUUUUUUUUUUCUUUUAUCAAAAAUAGUAUAGGGAAUAAAACUUCAUGUAUAAUAAAAAGUUUUGAGAUAAAUUUGUCAGUCUUGUAAACCAUAUGUACACUCCUUUACUCUCUAUCCAGCAAAUUAUUUGUGCUAAAAAUAAUUGUAGUUGGCGGUGUAUUUUGUUUUUAUUAACAAUGCAAAAUUUAUUUUAAACUAGUAUAAUGUUUACAACAUUUUCCAUUAAGACAACACCAAAACUUACUUGUAUUUGUUUACAUAAACUACAAUUUGAAUUUAUCAUGUCAGUAUUAGAGUUGUUAAAUUCUGUAGCUGAUUUAUCAUCUUGUUUACAAUCCUUGAGAUUUAGUGAAUAAGUGUACCAGAAAUAACAGAUCAAUUCAUUAAAGAUUAUUACUUAUUAUUUGAUUGCUUAUAUCAUUUAAAGAAAAAGUUCAUAUAGACAAAUAUUUAUUUUUUUAGGAACGUCAUCGAACAAAACAAUUACUCGCCCAACAGGAAAUAUUGUUUCCGCAUUUAUUUGCUUCAUUACGCUCAGCUUUGCGGCCUUUAAUAAGUUUUCGGCAAACGGGUGAAGAGACUAAAGCAUACCAUCGCAUGACCAGUUUUUGUGAAGAUCAGAGUGAAAAUAAUUCAGAAGAAGAACCAGUUUGACUUUUCGUUAAAGGCAUUUAAAAUAUUUCCUAAUAUAUUUAGCUGUAUCCAAUUUAUGAUAUAAAUAUUAUGUAUAAUUUUUUUUUAUACAAUAGUUUUGUUGUAAUACUCCUAAAUUAUUUAUGUAUUUUAAAUAUUAAUUAAAUUUUAUAAUAUUUAUUAUAAUAAGUUUAAUAUUGACAAUAGAUCUUAUUAUUAUUUACCCAUAGGGAAUUUUAAAACAACAAAUACUUAUUACUGUUGUAAUUAUUUAUUUUCAAUACCAUAAUUAUUAUUUUUUAUAGGACAAAUAUAAUAUUUUAUAACUAGAGAUCAGAGGGUAAAAGUAUUUAUGUUUUUACUUAUAUUAGAGUACAAAAAUUCAAAUAAUAAAAUCCAGGUAUCUAAUUGUAGUAAUAACUUUAUUAUAACAUUAAUAGUAAUAUUUUUUUAAUAAUCUUAUAAAUGUUUUUUACUAACUAGAUAAAGAAAAUAAUUUCACAGAUUUCGAAAACAAACACUGUUUUUAAUUUUUAAAAUAUUGUAAUUAAUGCCAAGAAUUUUCUUUUAAAUAAAAUCUUAAACUAAUUGUAUACUUUUUAUGUCAAUAUUCAUAAAAUACAUUAUUACUUAUAAGAAAUUAAACUGAUAUAAUAUUAUGUACUUUACAAAUAAUUAUUUUUAUCAAUUUAUUUUUAUAUUUGUAUACCAUAAUAAGUCUGAAAAUGAUAAUAUUUGUAUUUCUUUUUAUUUGUUUAAAUACACGACCACUAGAUUUAAGACCAUUAAUACCAUUUCAGUUAAUAUUUUUUUUCACGAAAAUUUUGUUUCACACAUGACGUUAAGUUUUAAACUAAAAAAUGUAUUAUUAUAAGUUUUAAUGCUCUUUAGAGUUUGAUUAUAAAAAAUAUAAUUCCACCAAUACAUUUGAUAUCCAUUUUUAAUAUUUGUUCUCACUAAUUAAUUUUACAUAAUAUAGUGUUAAAUUAUUAUUGUUGAAAUUAUAUUACAUGUACCUGUAUUAUUAAGUGCAGCCAUGAUAUUUUUUUGUUAAAAUAAUUAUUAACAUUAAUUAGUUUAUAGUUGGCAUUAUGGUUAUUGUGUAGGAAUGGACAAAAUAUUAAUAUUUUACAAUUUAAUAGAUUAUAAUUUUAUUUUAUGCUGAAUAUAAUAUUAAUAUUGCUUUCAUGAAAUUACGCAUAAUUUGGUUCAUAGUAUUUAAAUAUCAGAAAUUAUUAAAUUUUUUUUGUCCACUCCGUAAAAAUGUAAUAUUGUCUAUAUGUGGUUAAGUUUAAAAAAGUUAUUAAUUUUUUUCAAUUAGUUUUUGUUAAAUAUAUUAUUAUGAAUUAU